CACGAAUUAACCGAUAAUACAAACAAUCAGAAAGUUAAACUAACGACGAUAAAUAACUGUGGUUCUGCAGCCCUGAGAAUUCAUUUCAGUGCUGCCCCAUCUUUGCUCCACAAUGAAGAUCACACGCGUCCACGCAAAUACCCGUUCGUCAAUAUGCGUCUGGCCGAUCACAAGAUGCUCGACACAAUUGAGGGCCGCCACAGUUGUCGAAUUUGCCAUCGGUCAAGAAAAUUCUUUUGCUACAGCUGUUAUAUACCGGUAGGGGAGCUUGAGAAUCACCUGCCGCGCGUGGAGCUGCCAGUUCAUAUUGACAUUAUCAAACAUAAGAAGGAAAUCGAUGGGAAAAGUACUGCCGUACAUGCCGCUGUCUUGGCCCCAGCUCAUGUGAGAAUUUACACAUACCCUGAUAUCCCCGACUACAGAGAGGAGUCAGGAGUAGUGCUCAUCUUCCCCAGCUCCAAGAGUCUCACAGUGGCGCAGUUGUUUGAACGCAAUGUACAGCUGAAAAUCGAGGACAAUUACGGCCUUCCGAAAGGACAUCAUAUGGGCACAAUGCUGCGUCACCGUAUGGACGAGGUUUUGCACGAGGAGAAUACCGCGCUCAGUGGUCGCAAAUACACAUACGAUAAUCUGCCCAUUCGUCGAGCCGUCUUUAUUGACAGCACAUGGAAUCAGAGCAGGGGAAUUUAUGCAGAUACUCGCAUACGUGGCCUACGCACGUUGGUGCUUCAAAAUCGCCUUUCGCAGUUUUGGCGCCACCAACGGGGCAGUCCGCGCUGGUAUUUGGCCACGAUUGAGGCGAUACAUCAAUUCCUACUCGAAGUUCAUGUGAAUGCGUGGGGUCUUAACAGAAACUAUCGUGGCCUAGACAAUCUUGAGAUUACCGAGGGCUUUCAUCAGCUUGCAGCGCCACUUUCCGUGAGUGCGGAAGAUCUAGUGGACCGUGAGGCACCCUACAAUGGGCACUACGACAAUCUCCUAUACUUCUUUGCGAAUAUGUACGAUCUCAUCCACAAGUACUAUGACCACAACGAACUAAUAUCAUACCGUCGUCCAAUUUAGGGAUGUAUUAAUUUAUUUAAGUUAAAUACAACA